UGAUAAUCGCAGUAAUUUGUGCAAAUUAUUGAACAUGGCGCGUCCUCGAGCCUUCCGCGCCCCUACCACAGCCAGUAUCCCAAGCAAUCUCCGCAUCCCCUCAACCACCCAAUCCCUCGUCAAGGCUCUGGGGAAACUCUCGCGCCAAUCGUUGUUAGACCUCGUAUUUGAGUGGCUGGAGGAUCGCAAUGUGCAGUCAUUUCGACCAUACCUAGAGCAAGAUGAGGCCGAGGCCAUGGACGACGACGAGCUCAAACCGUACCCCGCCGAGCCCACCAUCGACGACGUGCGCAACGCCUACCAAGAACUACAAGUCAGGAAAGGCGGGAAGCGCGAAGUGAUCGACCGCAUCUUAGAGGGCGACUGGCGACAUGGUAUCACCCUGCGCCAGCUGGCGAUGGUCGACCUGCGUUACAUGGAUGACCACCCCUCCAGCCUCCGCUGGACCGCCUUGGAGCUCGCCCGCAUCGACGCGACAGUCCGCGGCGAUUCGUCCUCCUCCUUCCAGCCCGACAUCUCCGCGUGCAUCCCGCGCAUCCACGCCUCCACCUUCCUGCACAACCUCCAGCAGCAGAUUGCCCCGCUCGUCAAAGCCCAUUUCUACCUCGCCCGCUCGCGCUCCCUCCCCCUCACCUUCCUCCGCAUCUUCACCUCCAACUCGCCAUACCAGAACCCGCGACAACCACCGGAGUCGCUGACGGAUUCAUCCCGCGUGAUCUACGUCGCAUUCCCGGACAGCUGCCCGUUUGUCUACACCUCCAUCGCGUCGUCCCCGACGGGGCCCAAAUCCAAUAAUGCGCCCACGGCCCAGGCCGUCCCGACCGACUCCCGAACCCUCCAGCGGAUCGUGCGCGACGCCGUCCCGAAAGCGCUCUCGCUUCCCCAACAGAGGUACACCCUGAAAGCGACUUCCCUGACCGCCAAGAACCUCGAAGCCCUCCUGAAACUCCGCGGCCCGGGCCGAUCCAACCAAGCAAACGGCACGUUCAGCAUCUUCGCCGACGCAGUCGUCGAAGGCGGCCCGCUGGACCCCCGCCCAUCAAACACAGUCACUCCCGAAGAACACAUGCACCAGACAUCAACGUCGUCACCAUCAUCAUCAGACCCGGAGAAAGAGAACCGAGUCCGCGACGCGCAAGACGAAUCUACCUCCACACAACCUACAACAAAGCAACGACGACAAAGCUCCAAGCUAGACGCCCCUAUCUCCAAGAAGCGCAAAACCGCCAUCAACACCCGCUUCGGUACGUCGGGCUCGCUGUCCACCGCGCCCUUGGACCGUCUCGACGUGCGAUUGCUCGAUCCGCCCAAGGGAGAAGACGAUGAUAGCGCCGGUGACGCGGACCUCGCUAACCCCGCUGUCUCGCUCACUUUCUCCGGAUCAGACGUCAUCAGCGGGAUCAGGAAACUGGCUGAGUUGGGCAUCGUUGAUCCUGAGCGCAUGCCUUCGUGGAUGACGGGCGAGGAGGCUGUUAGUGUGGCUGUUGUUCGGGGCGGUAAUCGCGUGCUGAAAGAAGAUGGAUGAUGGGCUGGCGAUAUCUUUCUUUACGCAUCUGUUCCUCAGCACACACACGCGCGCGCCCGCACUCGCACUCGCACCCGCACAUAUGUAUAUGCCGACCCCAGACCUUCCUCUAUGAACUAUAGAGGACGAGAGAGACUACCA